AUGUAUUCAGAGGCGUAUACAGGAGAACUACCAAGGGAAGAGCGUCAACCAAUGUCUGAUCAUGAAGUUUUAUUCUUUGGAUGUCUUGCGGUGAUGAUUUCAGAGGUGCGAGUAAAGGGAUUGGAAUUACAGCAACAAUUGAAGUCAUGCAGUGGGGCUCAGUUACUUGUGCGAGCCGCCGUCACACCUGUGGGAACAGAGGCAGUGGAACGCAUAGGAGAAUCUAUACAAUCCAACAAGUAUGCACUUCAGAAUGCAGAAAUGGCGGAUGAAUUACUUAUUCCUAUAAUGCUGGAGCGGGCUCCUCAUGUUACGACUAAUGCUACUGUUACUGGUAUGAGUGCUGCGUUGUCUAGCGCUGCGUCGAGUAGCAGUCUUCUUAAGAACAACAACAACAACAACAAUAAUGUCGAAAAGAAGGAAAAGGAGAAUGAAGAAGAAGAGGAAGAGGAAGAGGAAGAAGAGAAGGAUAAUUUACAUAAGAGUAUGGAUGAGAAACCAUCAUUAGAAUUGGCACUGAAUAUUGAUUUUUUGCGUAAUGGUGUAUCCACCACUACUGCCCGCCGCACAGUGAUGAUUAACUCAUUAUAUGAUGUGGGAGAACAACACUGUGGAGUGGCGACGGCCCGUGUUAGUGCCGCUGUACUGCGGGAAAAUAAAUUCUUGGAGUCCAGCCCUUCUGUGCGGGUGAAUACCUCCAAGUUAUCCUCCGUGUCUGCGGAGAGAAACGAGAAUGCGAAUUGGUGCGGUGUUGAGGUUCAAAUUAUUGUGCGGGCCAUUGACGCCUCCGCCCCACUGCGGUUAAUGCUGGCGGCUGAAGAUACCGCACGGUCAAUACUUCGAAUGCCAAAACUACAGCCAUACACAAUGUUUGUAUUCCCACAGCAGACAACUAUUCCCUAUGGUGCUGUCCAACUGGAUGCUCUUUACUAUUUUUACCACAACUUCUUUGAACAGUACUUUAAUAAAACUAUCAAGACAACAGCUCACGUCCUUCAGUUACUGCAGUCUUCUGGAAAGGAAAGUACUGAAGGUGGUAAUCAUACACAACGGAAUGAUGGAAAUGAAAUGAAUAGCUGGUCUGCAUUACAUUCUAUAGACUUACGGCCAGUGUUGAUUGGAGAUGACGCCCUCGCCCCGCUGCUCGCCACACUCUUUCACUGUUCAUCUCUCAAUACAAUGAUAUUAGAUGAGAAUAGCGUAAGUGAUAUCACAUGCUAUCGACUCGCUGCACUCUUUCACAAACACAGAUGUCUCCGAUCCAUUUCAAUCAAAGGCAACAAUAUACAUGAAAGCGGUGCUGAACAACUGUUGCGUCUCGUUCGCCGUAAUAAACGAAUCACAAAACUCUGCGCUAAUGGGAAUCUAUGUACAUCUCGUGUAUUGGAACGCAUUCAACGAGUGGUGGAAAUGAAUACGGAGACACAUGAGAAUGAUCCUUUCAACGUCCUUUCCAAGACGUACGCAUACGCUGUUUCUCCCAUUUCAUUUCCCUCCUCUAUAGUUAAAAGAGCUCUUGCUGUAUGGGCUAUGUUAUCUGCAGCCUCCGUGAGUGUAAAUCGUCCGUCCUCUGCUAUUGCUGCUUCUGCUUCUGCUGUUGUUGCUGCUGCUCCUGCUGCUGCUGAUAAUGAUGAGGGAAAUCUCUCAAUUAUUCCACAAUGUGCAUUAGCGCCGUUAUUGAAUGAAGUUAUGCGUGCGGUUGCGUGUCGAAUGUCAUCUAUUAUACAAGAUCCUUGGGUCCGUAUGGUGUUUGCCGAUAUUGAGAGCUACAGAAGGAGUCCUAUGUCCUUGCAAGAGAAUAUGAAGGAUCUAGAUAAUAACAAGAAGGUUCAAAACAACGACAGUAACAAGAAAAAUAGUAGCAAUAAUACUAAUAAUAAUAGUAAUAAAAUAAAUAAUAACAUGCUAGAAAAUUGUAAUGUUGAAGAUACUAGUGAAGAAAAUGAGAUGAUAUCUCUGGUGAAUGUAGAAGAACUAUACAAUUAUUCAUUUCUUCACAUUAUUGUUGUUACAAUGCGGGCUAUAGCAGCUGGAGGAGAAUGGACUGAAAGUAUGGCAGUCCUUCGCGGGAUUGGAAAGCGCCAAAAGAAAAUUGGUGUCAUGCCAGAAGAUUAUCGUGACGCGCUGCAGGCAUUCAUACAGUCCCUCACUGGAGUGUGUGGAAAGGAUCAUGCAGAUGCGGAACAUUCUGUAGCAUUUCUUCAAUGUCUGGCAUUAGGUGUGAGAACUGCUGUAUCUGUUUAG